AUGGAAGCUUCCCUAGCUAGUGAUGUCCUGAAACAAGGUAGCUUGGCUGCAUUGAUACAUGCUAUGUCUCUUAUCAUAUGGGACGAGGCUUCAAUGGCAAGAAAAGAAAACGUUGAAUCCUUAGAUUUGCUUUUCCGUGACUUGUGUGAUGAAAACAUGUUAUUUGGUGGUAAGCUUGUUAUUUUCGGUGGUGAUUUACGACAUGUACUUCUCGUCCUGCCAUGCAAAACUCAAGGAGAAACAGUUAUAGUCAGGUUAGUCAGCUCUAUCCUUUGGCCUAGGCUGAAAAAGUUUCACCUCACAGACAAUAUACGCGCCCGUGAAGAUCCAGCCUUCUCCGAGUUCUUACUUGCAUUGGGUAAUGGAGAGCUACAAACUAUUAACAAUAGCCUUGUCUGCUUGCUGAGUGAGGGAGAUAUGCUGCAACUUCGUGAUAAGCUUGUUGUUGCUGGGCGUAUAAACAAACGGAGUGUUAUUGAAUUUCUUCCUGAUUAUAAAUUAGUAGAAAUUGGGUUAAUUAAGGAGGUCCAAAGUGUAUUUGAGCUUCCUACUGAUGUGGUGAUAUUUCUUGUUGCUUCUGACAUUUUGAUGGAUAAUGUCAGUGAAUCUCAGUUCAGUCAAGUCCUAAAUAUUGAACUGGAUCAGAUAAAAGAGAAAAACAAGAUGCGUAGAGAGUUAUUUGGAGAUCAGAUAGAGGAAUUCAAGGAAGCAUUCAUGCACAAAGGAGAGUAUGAGAUAGAAGACGCCCCCAUCAGGAAUACACACCCGCAAUGGAAGAAAACUGAAGACAAGCUCAACUUCCAGAUGACCUUUGGUCGGUAG